AUGUUUAACAACACUGGGUUCCAACAACAGGGGAACCAGUUCAAUGGUGGCCAACAAGCACAACAACCAUUGGGAUACCAACAAACUGGAUUUGGUCAAUUGCCUCCUCAGCAAACAGGAUUCCAAAAUAAUCAAUUCCAACAACAACAACAACCUCCACAAACUAGUUUCCAAAAUCAAUUAGCUCAACCUACUGGUGGAUAUGGUUUCAGUCAACCUUUAGCUCAACAACAACCGCUUUACUCACAACCAACUGGGUUUGUUCAACCUCAACAAACUGGAUUCGUUGCUCCUCAACAAACAGGUUAUGUUGGUGCUGGAGGAUUUGGUCAAGUUCAACCUCAACAAACUCAGCAAUUCGGAUUCCAACAACAACAGCAGGUAAAUCAACCAUUAGCUCCUCAAAAGACAGGUUUCACAACUGCUGCUCAAUCAAUUGAUAAGAAUGAUGAAUUAAAAAUUCCAAACAUUAGGUUAUCUUUCUUAACUGCACAAGAUCAACAAAAAUUUGAAGAUUUAUUCCGUAGUGCAGUUCCAAAGAGUUCAAAUGCAAUUACAGCAGAUGCUGCUAGAGAAAUCUUGAUGAGAUCUGGAUUACAACCAUCUCAAUUGGCAAACAUUUGGGAAUUAUCUGAUUUGAAUAAAUCUGGUCAAUUAUUAUUCCCUGAAUUUGCUUUAGCUUUACAUUUAUGUAAUGUUGGUUUAAGAGGUCAACCUAUCCCGUUCAAAUUACAAUCAAGUGUUAAAAAUGAAGUUGAAGGUUUUGUUGAUGCAAUUAAUUUCAGUAUUCCAGAUGAUGAUGCACCAAAAAGAAAUACACCAUUUGAUAAUUUACAAAGUUUGAAUGGUCUUCAAUUACAAAAUCAACCAACUGGUUAUCAACCACAAAUCUUACCACAAGCUACUGGUUAUCAACCAUUGCAACCACAAAGAACUGGAUUCCAACCAUUACAAGCUCAAGCUACUGGCUAUCAACCUCUACAAGCUCAAGCCACAGGGUUUCAACAGCCUUUACAAAGUCAAGCUACAGGGUUCCAGCAACCUCUACAAAGUCAAGCAACAGGUUUUCAACCAAAUUAUAAUCCUCCAGCUCUUUUACAAGCUCAAAAGACUGGCUUUGGUAACAAUUCAAUGUUUACUGGUGGGUUACAAGCUCAAAAAACUGGUGUUGGUAAUAAUUCAUUAUUUCAAUCAAGUUAUUUACAACCUCAACGUACAGGAUUUGUUGGUUUUUCACAAUUUCAAAACUUACCACCACAACAAAAUCAAGAAUUUAUUAAACCUGAAGAAAAACAUUUAUUUAGUAAGAUUUUUGAUACUUAUGAUACAAAGAAAACUGGUCAAUUAGAUCCUCAAACUUCUGCUGAAAUUUUCAGAAAAUCAGGUUUGAAUCGUGGUGAGUUGGAAAAAGUUUGGAAUUUAAUCACCACUGAAACAACUACUGGCUUAAAUAAAGAAUUGUUUUCAUUAGGUAUGUGGUUGAUUUAUAGAAAAUUGAAUGGUAACGAACUUCCAAAUCAAUUACCUGACUCAUUAAUACCAGAUAGUAUUAAGAAUAUCAAUUAUGCUAAAAAUAAAUUAAAAAGUCAACCAUCAUUUGGUGGAUCUAGUUUCAAAAACAAUGAUGAUGGUGAUAUUACCACUUCCAAAAAUAGAAGAAGAUCAGAAAAUCAAACUUCUGAAUCACAAGUUGAUGAUUUGAAAUCCAAGAUUCAAAAAGCCCAAAGACAAUUGGAUACAUUAAAAGCUGAAGGAUCUAAAAGAGAAGAAGCUCAUGCUAAAGAUUUACAAGAAAUUGAAAAUUUGAAAAAUCAAAUUAGAACUUUACCAAAACCAAAUAUUUCAAAUGAUCAUUUAGGUAAAAAGGAUAAAUUAAACACUUUAGUUUCAAGAGUUCCAAAAUUAAUCAGUGAAAUUUCAAGAAUUGAUAAUGAUAUCACAAACUCAAGAAUUGAUCUUUAUAAAAUCCAACAUCCUUCUUCAAUUGUUGGUUCUGGUCCAAAUGGUGAAGUUACUGAAUCAGAUAAAAGAAAAGCUCAAAGUAAAGCUCUUUUAGCUCAAAGAAUGGCUGCACUGACUGGUAAAACUGUUACUGAUCCAACAGCAGAUUUUGAUAAAGAACAACAAUUAUUGAAUGAAGAAGUUUCUAAAAUUAAAUCAAAAAAUAAAGAAAAUCAAGAAAUCAUUUAUGAUAUUGAAAAAUCUAUUAAAGAAUUAUCUCAAGGUGUUUUAUCUACUUUGAAUCAUGAUAGUGAUCCUAAAGGCUAUAAGAAAUUUGAAUUAGGUCUUGAUGUUCAACCAGAUGUUGCUGAUUUGAUUAAAUCUUUGAGAAUUAGUACACCAACUGCUACUCCACAACCACAAGGUUCAAGACAAUCAUCAUUUGAAGUUAGAAAUACUCAACCUCAACAACCUGUUCAACCUCAAACAUCAGGAUCAUCUGCACAAGCUCCAGCUGCUUCUUCUACUUCAGAUUCUUACUCAAGUUUCAGUAAUCCUUCUGAUAGAGCUGCUUAUAUCAAGGAACAAGCUAAGAGAAAAAUGAAUGAAAGAUUGGCUAAAUUUGGUAUUUCAAGACAUGGUGGUAAUAAAAAUGAAUCUCCAUCAACACCUUCUACUCCACAAGUCAAUUCACCACAGACAACUGGUCAACAAUUUGCUCCACAACAAGCUGCUCCACAAGCUGUUCCACAACAGGAAGCACCAAAACAAGUUGCUCAACCACAAUCUCAACCUCAAUCUCAACCACCAACUCCUCAAUUUGAAGCACAAGCUAAAGCUAAAGCUGCCCCACCACCACCUCCAUCAUCAAGAGCUCCACCAAAGGCAGCUUCAAAACCUGCAGAAUCUGAAGAAGAAGUUGAUGAAGAAGAAUUGAAACUUCGUCAACAAUUAGAAGAUUUAAAGAAGAAGAAAAAAGCUGAUAAAGAAGCUAGAUUGGCUCAAUUACGUAAAGAACUUGAAGAUGCUGAAAAGGAUGAAGAUGAAGAACCACCAAGUCAACCACCUGCUAAAACUUUUUCACCACAACCACAAGCUCCAAAAGCACCAGCUGCUCCAACAACCUCAGCUGCUCCUGCUCAAGAACAACCAAAAUCUGAAGAAAAGAAAGAUGAUAAGUUUGGAGGAGUUCAACAUCAUGAUACUAAUCCAUUUGCUAAAACAACAGCUCCAGCUGCUAUUUCUUCAAAUAAUCCAUUUGGUAAAUCACAACAACCACAAGAAGCUGCUAAACCACAACCAGUCAAACAAAACUCAACUAGUAGCUUCAACAACAAACCCCAAUCUGCUGCUGCUCCGGUUCCUUCAAUUAAUCCUAAAUCUAUUGAAGCUCAACGUAAGGCUCAAAGAGGUGUUGAUAGUGAUGAUGAUGGAUGGGGAUCUGAAGAAGAAAAGAGUGAAGAUGACGAGGAAGAUAUACCAAAUCGCCAAGGUGCUGCUCAUCUAGCUGGAUUAUUGUUUUCAGGUAUGGGUCCACCAAGAACUAAUUCAAAUUCCCAAGUAUCAACUCCAAAACAAGAACAACCACAAGCAUUUAAUGCACCAAAGGAAAAACCAGUUCCUAUUGCUCCAGCUGUUCCAAGUAUUUCAUCAAAUAAUACACCACCCCCACCACCUCCAGUUGCACCACCAGCUCCAUCUGCUACACAAGAACAAAUUCCUCCAACUCCACCAUCACCACCUUAUCCAACUGAAGAAGGCCCAGCUGAUGAUUCUUUUGCUGCACACCCACAUCCAGAAUUGAAUCAAAAUAAUGUCAAAUCUGAUGAUGAAUUUGUGGACUCAUUAUCUACACCUGCAAGAGGAUCACCAGCUCCAGAAAACAAUGUUCAACCACCACCUUUACCAGAAUCAAGUGCACCUCCAGCACCACCUUUACCAGAAUCAAGUGCACCUCCAGCACCACCAUUACCAGAAUCAAGUGCACCACCACCACCUCCAUUACCAGAAUCAAGUGCACCAGCUCCACCACCAUUACCUCAAGUUAGUGCACCAGCUCCACCACCAUUACCUCAAGUUAGUGCACCAGCUCCACCACCAUUACCAGAAUCAAGUGCACCAGCUCCACCUCCAUUACCUCAAUCUAGCGCACCACCACCACCACCAUUACCUCAAUCCAGCGCACCACCUCCACCACCAUUACCUCAAGCUAGUGCACCUGCUCCUCCACCUUUACCACAGUCAAGUGCACCACCACCACCUCCAGCUCCAGCACCUCAAGUUUUCUCACAACAGCCUUCAGCACCAGCACCAGGUGGUGGUUUACCAUUCUUAGCUGAUAUUCAAAGAUUUAGAGACGAGAAAAAUGUUGUUGGUUAG